UCGUUUUAAUGAAACGGGGCCGAGCUUCGGGCUCAGAGGCAGGUGCUGUCCCGCAGCCAGCCGGGCUGCCUCCCUCUUCCGACCCGAGCCCGCCGGGGAGGUGAGAGGCUGCAGGGGCCCGGGGGGAAGCGCCGCUCGCUCUGCCCCGUCGCGCCCGCCCGCGGGAGGGACCAUGGGGAAGAAGCUCCUGCUCCUGCUCCUGCUGCUGGUCCCAGGGGGGCCGGCAGGGGCUGCGAAGGAGAAGUGUCUCACCAAGAGGUACACCACCAGCGGGGAGUGCUGCAAAGCCUGCAACCUGGGCGAAGGGGUAGCACAGCCCUGUGGGGUGAAUCAGACGGUCUGUGAGCCAUGCCUGGACAGUGUGACCUACUCGGACACCGUCAGCGCCACGGAGGCAUGCAAGCCAUGCACAGAGUGCGUGGGCCUGCAGAGCAUGUCGGCUCCCUGCGUGGAGUCGGACGACGCCGUCUGCAAAUGCGCCUACGGCUACUACCAGGACGAGGGGAGUGGGCAGUGCAAGGAAUGCGAGAUCUGCGAGGUGGGCUACGGCCUGAUGUUCCCGUGCGGGGACACUCAGAACACCGUCUGCGAGGAGUGCCCCGACGGGACCUUCUCCGAUGAAGCCAACCACAUGGACCCCUGCCUGCCCUGCACCAUCUGUGAGGAGAACGAGGUCAUGAUCAAGGAGUGCACCCCGAUAUCCGAUGCCGAGUGCAGAGAUCUUCACCCGCGCUGGACCCCAACCCUGCUGAGCUCUGGCAGCCCCGUGCCGUUCACCAAAGACCCGUACGAUACAAAAGGCAUUGCCAGCACUCUAGCAGAUACAGUCACCACCGUCCUGGGUAGCUCCCAGCCAGUCGUGAGCCGCGGCCCUGCCGAUAACCUCAUCCCUGUCUACUGCUCCGUCCUGGCAGCCGUGGUGGCGGGGCUAGUGGCCUACAUUGCUUUCAAAAGGUGGAACAGCUGCAAACAGAACAAACAGGGCGCCAACAACCGCCCUGUGAACCAGACCCCCUCUCCGGAAGGAGAGAAGCUUCACAGCGACAGCGGGAUCUCCGUGGACAGCCAGAGCCUUCACGACCAACAGCCACCGACACAGACCGCACAGGUGCAGGCUCUGAAAGGAGACGGGAACCUCUACACCAGCCUGCCUCCUAACAAGCAAGAGGAGGUGGAGAAGCUGCUCAACAGCUCCCCCGAGGACACCUGGCGUCAUCUGGCGGGGGAGCUGGGCUACAAGGAGGAUCACAUAGACUCCUUCACGCAGGAGGAGUGCCCUGUCCGGGCCCUGCUCUCCGACUGGUCCAGCAAGGACAGCGCCACCAUGGACGCCCUGUAUUCCGCCCUGCGCCGAAUCCAGCGGGGAGACAUUGUGGAGAGCUUGUACAGCGAGUCGACCGCCACGUCGCCGGUGUGAAGGGUGGAGUGGGAGAGGCGCUCCCCAGCCAGCCCCUCUGCGACCCCACAGAGAUACCAGCCGGCAAGAAGAUGUGAAGGAAAUGGGGUUCCAGCCUGGGCCCCCUGCUAUUUACGAACAAUCCUGUAUGCACUGACCUCUUAUUUUCAGUAUUGUCCCCUUUUUUCUAUCCCCCUUUCUCCGGCAGACAGGCUGAUGCGAAAGCAGAAGGGAUAUAGCCAAGGCAAACGGGAGCUGUGGCCUCCUUCAGUCUGGCUGGGACCUAGGAGUGCUUGACGGCUUCGGCACAUCCUGUGUGAGCAGAACAAUCUCUUGUGCCCCCCCAUCCCGAACCCCAACAACACUUCUUCAGUAGCUGCAACAAUGACCGCGUUUGCUCUCUCAGGUCUCUCCUCUUUCUUUCUCUGUCUGCUUCGUUCCCCCUCUUCCACUCCCCCUCUGAGGAUCUUCCUCUACCCCACCCCCCACAAUAUCCACCCCUUCCUAUUUGCCCCAGAUCACCAGUUACUCCCCCUUUGAAUUGCAUCUGCCAAGCCAGGAAGGAUGGACCCAGCUGAAUUCAGAGAGAAGAGGGUGGAUUUCAAGGCUAAUGGUUGAGUGAAGAUGUUAUUAACAGGGAAUUGGGAGGGAGGGUGGGGAGCAGAGGGAUAUCAUUAGAAGGAGCUACCCAAGGAUGCAUCAUGGGGGAAAAAAGGGCUCCCUCCAUAGAAACACACAUUUGUGCCUCUGCACUGUCUUUGGGAGCGGUGAGGGGCGGGAGGACUUUGUUUCCAGCAGGCAAAAUCUACACUGUGAAUCAUGAAACAUACAGCGUGCAUGUUGGAGACAGAGAUCCCCAUGCCUCCACAACAUGCACAUGCCUCAGGCUUGGAAGAGUUUGCCUUGGUCAUUAGCAGCCAGGCUGCCUGACACAUUAAGAAACAAUCUAGUCACCUGUGGAAUAAUGUCGUUUGCCCGCCUUGGAUGCUCAGCGGUCAAUAGCCAGCACCUUCCCAGGCACUGAUCUCUCCAAGGCAGACAUCACCCUUGUUAGAGCCACCAAAUUCUAGUGGAGAAUAGCAAACGGCUAAUGGUGCCUGGAAAAACAGGAAACAAUUGCCAUCCAUCACGCUGCAAGCCCGGUGCUGCCAUGGAGAUCUGGGCCAGCUGCAAGGCCCCUGACUCAAGCUGUCAUCCCAGACCCAUCAUGUAUUGUACUGGUGAGACACUAGGAGAAAGGCUCUGUGCCCUUCCUCGGACCAGUGAUCCACCCACUGUGGGCUAUAACGUAAUCACGCUGCUGCAUUAGCGGCCGACGAGCAAGGGGAAAGUGGGUCUGGGCGAUGUUAGUGAUGGAGUUGAUUCUAUUCUAUAUGGGCUCAUAGACUGUGAUCAUUACCGCAGUAUCUGAGCUGGUACGGAUAAGGCUCGAAAGGGUCGGAGGGUGAUUUGGAAGAGCGCCCAGAAGCUCAGCUGUCUUCACUGUAUUAUCUGAACCUCUCGGUCUCUGCAAAGCUGGAGACAUCCCAAGAACAGGCUCCUUUGGGUAUUUUGAGGCUUCCAGGGAAGACCCGGGUGGUAGAGAGGCAGCUGCAGCAACCUGUCUAAAGGAACAGGGCGUGGGGGAGUGUGUUCAAUGGAGUUUUUCCCAGGCUCGGAAAUGGGUUUGGGGGAAAGAUGGUGUUGGAGGCGGGGGAAAGAUGGGUGAAAAUGGGUUUGGGGGAAAGAUGGUGUUGGAGGCACAUCAAAAAAUCUGGCAAAAGAAAUUCAGUUCAGGUCGAAAUAUUUCGUUUCGAUCAUUUUGAAGCAUUUUGUUUUAAUUUUGACCAUUUGAAGGUUUUUUUUUAAUGGGGGGGGUACUAGAAUUAGCUUAAUUUUUUAAGCAAAAAGCUACUUUGAACUGGAAAACUAUGAUUUUUCAUGUUGAAAAUGUCAAAAUAAAACAUUGACAAUUUUGACACCCUCCCCCCCCCCAAUUUGGGGUAGGAAACUUUUGUCAAAAUUGACCCUUUCCUGCAAAAAAAAAAAAAGUUUCCAUUUCAAAAAAUCAGCGUUUUCCAGUGGAGAAAAAAAGUUUCUUUGGAAAAUUCCUCACCCGCUCUACUAUUCAAUGCAAGUAAGAAUCCGGCCUCAAAUGUCUCCAGUUCUAGAAUAUACCCUGCUUCUGCCCUCACAACACAGGAUCAAAUCUCAUUUGACUGGUAGCUAGUGAAGAAUUGUAGCAGAACUGGGGUGGGAAGGGGAGCCCCUCACCCUUCCUCCUUUUCUGCCUCUGGUCUGGCCUCUUCCUCCAGUCCUCAAGCCAGCAAGUCCACGGCGUAUAUGCAUAGAGCUGCUAAUUCAUUAACGGCCUGACUCUAGUCUCCUUGCUCAGACAGCAUUGCCUUGGAAAGCAGUGGGAGCGCUGUCAGAGGAAGGAGGUCAAGAACAGGGCCUGCAGUAGCUGAGUUUUGGUGAUGGUCAUGAGUUCACAGAUGAAAUGAAGUCUAUGGGCCACGUUCAUCUCUGCUCCAAUUCUGGGGGGGCUCCAAAGGGGCCGAACUUGUCCCUGAAAAGGGAAAUCUGAGAGACUGAGCUACGUAAGUGAAGGACCUGCUGUUUGCCUCCCAGCUCCGCCAGAAACCUUGUUAUUAAAUGAGGAAGAAGGGGGGAAAAAAACCAAAUGAGACAACUAAGAAUUAAUUGUAAAUAAUAUUGUCUUGUUUUACUCACUGCUAAAUGUUUCUAAGUGUGAAGUGGAUUACAGUGCUGAAGAGCAGGAGACCUUGGCUUUCUCAUCAAGGGCUUCUGUUCAACGCUGCCUUAGCAUGGGGUCUAGCUGUUACCCGUUCUUCCACAAAGCUAUGAUAAGUGUUAUAACCAGUGCCAUUCAGUGCCAAUGAACUGACUGGCCUCUCAGCGUCUUCCUGAUGGACAGCGUUGUGGCAAAGAUCCGUUUGCUCAUGGCUCUGUGUUGCAGGUUGAAUUUUAUAUUACCAGCCUUGUAUUUGUUACAAUAACCUUGAUUCUGGCCUUACAGAGGGAAAUUGACAUAUGCACACUUUUUUUUUUUUUAACAAUGAUGAUGAUGAUGAUGGUAGUGUUGAAUGGCCAUGCGAAACUGACGAAAGCAGAGAGAUUAGGUCCAGGAUGAAACUUCAGGCCUUUUUAAAGGGACAGGUUGAAAUUUUCAAAGGUACCCAUAGUUAUUAGAUGGCACCCAAAUCCCACUGAAUGUCAGUGGAAGUUGAGCACUUAACUCCUUUAAGUGCUAUAAAUUUCACCCAUUAUGCUUUAAAAUAUGGGGCUGGGGGAGUUGCUAAGAAUUGGGCUUCUCGAACAGGAUUUACAAAAAUGUCCAGCUACCAUCAUACUUUUGAUUGAUUUAGGAGUACAUGCCCUUUCAGUGGGGCUUGAGCUUCUAGGUCACCUAAGAUGCUUUGGAAAACCAGACACCCAUGAUGACCAUAUGUAGGCAUGUAAUUAAAUGGCCUGAUUUAGGGGUGAGCACUCAGCAAGCAGCUCCCUAUGAGGUCAGUGAGAGAAGAGCACCUCUGAAAAUCAGGCCACUUAACCAGGUGCCAAAAUAUGGACUUAGGAACGGAUCAUUUAGACCCCCGUUUCCGAAAAAUGUUGCCCAUUUAGAUGUAUAUUUUUUUAAGUUUUAGAAAACUUAAUAUGAGUAGAAAUGUCCCAAAUAUUUUAAGCCAAAAAAAAAAUGACAAUGGAAACGGGAGGGAUUGGAUCAAAACCUUCCUGCUUUGGCGCUGAAAAUGUAAACACAAUGGCUAUGGUUUUCAGACGUGACUAGUGACUUCAGGUACCCAAGUGAGGGCACCUUAAAAAGGGGGCUGAUUUUCAGAGGGUGGGUGCUCGGCUCUUUCUGAAAAUCAAGCCCCUUUAAGGUGUCCCCAGAUAACAAGCCACUUGCAAAAUGCUUGGCCAGCAGCAUUGGGCUAAUGCAUGAGAAGCAAAAACUGAAACUUACCCAUCUAGGUCAAACUGGGAGAAAGAUAAACAAGCAAUGAAAGACGAGAAACAAUAAAAAAGGCACAUUUGAGUCAGACGGAUGUUAUCUUUAACCAUCUAUAUGGUGUUGUUAGUAAUGCAGGCAAGGGAUUUUUUAAAAAUAUGUUAAUAGUGACCUUACCACUCAUUUUUUGUAUGCAGGCAUUGAAGCAUCAUAUAAGAAAUCAGGUAUUCUUCACAGGCCCCAGGGGUGCUUAGAUAUUGUACAUGGAGAAACAGCUUUAAUUUUUGAGUUGCCUUAUAUAUGUGGAAGGUGAUCGUAGUCGUAACAUCCCUGUGUUGUGUUCCAGACAAAAAUGCCUUGCAGAGAACUCUGAAAAGCAAAUUCAUAGAUACUACAGUCAGAAGGGACCAUUAUGAUCAUCUAGUCUGACCUCAGGCCACAGAAUCUGCAGACUCACAGCUAUGUUGUCAAGCUGGUUUACAUUUUUCGAACUAUUGGUUCCCACCGGAAGAUGAGGUUUUCCUCAAAACUGAAAGUUAUCCCAGGAAAAUUUAGUUUUUUCGGUGAAAUUUUAUUUUCAUUUUCAAGGGAAAUUUCGGAACAAAAAUAUUCAUUUAGCUUCAUUUGAGAUGGCAAUUUUUGUUUCCAUUGCUGAAAACCGAAACAAAUUGAAAAUUUCUAUGAGCAUCAAAAGGAACAUUUGUAUUUGAAUUGGAAUGAAAUAGACAUUCUCAGGUUUUGCUUUAAAAUUUCCUGCAAAACAUUGGAACGAAACUUUAGCUGAAGAUUUUCAACCAGCUCCAAUAUUUUGGAUUCUCUCCAUUUUUGAAGCGCACGGAAACUUGCAUGAGAACAGGAUUAGAUUGGGGUUUUGGCUGGGAUUUGCAAAGUACACACUGAAAGUCAGUGGAAGAAGUCUGAGGUACUUAUGACAGGUUUCAGAGUAGCAGUCGUGUUAGUCUGUAUUCACAAAAAGAAAAGGAGGACUUGUGGCACCUUAGAGACUAACCAAUUUAUUUCAGCAUAAGCUUUCAUAAGCUACAGCUCACUUCAUCGAAAGUUUAUGCUCAAAUAAAUUGGUUAGUCUCUAAGGUGCCACAAGUACUCCUUUUCUUUUUGAGGUACUUAUAUUGUUCCCAUCACUGUGGUAUCUGUGCAGGGAUGGUGUCCCUAGCCUCUGUUUGCCAGAAGCUGGGAAUAGGCGACAGGGGAUGGAUCACUUGAUGGUUACCUGGUCUGUUCAUUCCCUCUGGGGCACCUGGCACUGGCCACUGUCGGAAGACGGGAUACUGGGCUAGAUGGACCCUUGGUCUGACCCAGUAGGGCCAUUCUUAUGUUCUUAUCUGAUCACCUCCCACUCUUUAAGGCAGGGAAGUGCUAUUAUUCCCACUUUACAGAUGGGGAAAGUGAGAUCCGGGGAGAAUAAAUGACUUGUGUCAAAUCAGAGAGAAAGUUUAUGGAAGAACAGGGGAAAUAAACCCAGCUCUCCUGUGCUGCAGGUUAGCAUUUUUCCAUCCUGCUCCCCCUGCAACCACACAGACCCUGUGCUAUUUCUCUCUGAGGAGUCAUGUAUAUGUUCUGAUGGCUAAGGAGGACUCUACGAGUUAAUGUUCUUCCAGCUUCUUAAAAAAGAAGUUACUCAGUACCACAAAGCAAUAUUUGAUCAUAUUAUUUGCACUGUGAAUCCUAAAAGCAGAGAACAGAACAAAAGCAUCCUCGUUAAUCACAGAUCUCCAAAUAAUUCACCCCCCGUAAAUCCUUAGGAGUCACACGGGAGAAACAUUGUGUUCCUUCCCUUCGGGGUGAAAGGGUUAAUUUAAAGCAAGGCUCGCAUUUCCUUCCCAACCCACCUGCAAAAGCCUGGCCCUUGCAGGAAGAGAGGACAAAAAAAAAUAAAUGGCCUGCCAAGCAAGUCAGCGAGGGUCAUCUGCUCAGGGGCGGCCUGCCUGCAGUGGGAACAAGGGAGAACUCAGGGGUUAUUUAGGGCACAGUGUGGGAACAAGGAAAGAUCCGGCCUGCUCUGCAAAGAGAGCAGGAAAGGAUGGGGCAGCUAGAGAGCCUGGCCGAAGAGGUGGGGCUGGGGAAUCUCUAGUGGAGGAGGGGAAGAGAGACUGUGAGGUGUAAGGGAUGCCUCCCUGAUAUGGAGAAAGGCUCAGGGAGCAUUGUGGCAUCAGGAAGUGGGGGAGAUGGCGUCUGUGUGAGGGGGAAGGCUCAAUGCAGCGUGAUGGCUCCAGUGGGCAUGGGAGGACGGGCACUUUGGCAGGGAGGGAUUCAGCAGUGGUAGCCACGGCGGCUCCUGCUUGAGUAACAGCCUCCAUCUCACCCAGCAAACUAUAGUCCUCUGCUUGCCCCAUCCCAGUGGGACACAGUGAAAGUGUCAGAGGCAGAAGCAGGGGAGGGGGGUGUCAGGAGGAGAAGGAGGCUCAGUGGAGGAUGAAUUUUUAAGCCCUGAAGAGUCUGUGUUCAUGCCAAUCUCUCUGUAGACCAGGCAGAAAGACCCAUUCAAAGAAAGAACCAUUUCCACAAGGCAUCAAAUGCUGAUGGCCUUAGCUGGCAACUGCGCAUGCAAAACCCACCAGUUUGGAGAAUUUGUUCCAGACUCUGAGCCCAGCCACCCUGGCGUAAAUCCCAGUGCAGUCCAGUGGAGUUCGCCUGAAUGUGCAAAUCCACUGACAUUGGGACGACUCUGGAUUUAUGGCCCGUCUACACACAGAAGUGGCACUGGUUUAAUUAAAAUCCAUUUCAAAGCUGAGCUGUUUUCGUGGCUAUAGUGUAAACAUACCCUCAGCUCAGCUUAAACCUGGCUUCCAGUUUUACUUGCGUUGUUAAAUUUACUGGUAAAAAUUAAACCGCUACACAUUAGAUUUAAACAGAUUGAUGAGCGGCCACAUUUGGUUUUUGCACAACUUAAACUAAAUCGGUUUAAAGUCACGCUUUCAUUUAACCGGGUGCAAUUCAGUGUGCAGAGCAGGAGCUCCUGAGCUCAUAAAUCUCUUUCUUAUUGCCAGAGCAAUAUUGCUAAGUGCUCAGAUCCUAAUGGCCAUGUAGGAGAAGCCCCUUGGUGCAUCACCAAAUUCCAUGCUGACGCGAGAAGCGUUCAGUAUGCAAAGAAGGACUUAGGGACACUUCACCUUCCUGUUCUGAGACAAAAGUACCAAGGGAAAAAAUAAGCCAAAGUUAAUGAUCUUGGAGAUUUUUGUUGCUUUUUAUAAUGUUUUGUUGUACAAAGACAGCACGUUCCUCUUGUUAAUACCUGUUAUUAUCCCGGCCCCUCGGGUUUCUCUGUAAUAGGAGUAAUGCCAAUUAGAAAUUCUUACAAUGAAUAAAUAUUCCUGUAAUUCAA